ACGCUGAACGGACAACCAUUACUGGAAUUUCCAAUGUCCAGCGGCGAACCGGCAUUAGAACCUCUCAGGAUCAAACGGGCGACCCUUUGGACACGAGUAGAAUUCAGACAAACUCAUCACUAUCAACAUCAUCGUCAGGGUCAAAGCAAUCAAAGGAACAUCACUCUCUGGGUAUUUAGGGUGCGUUGCGGCAACACGACGCAUUUGCGCGGCAAGGAACUCGGGGAGCAUCUUGAGAUGGUGACGUUCCUAGGCGUAAAUGUUGGUCAAUUGGGUUGGCAGAAGUUCGAUGUAACAAAGGUCGUCAGCAAUUGGUACACAGCAAACUCGAAUUCACCGAGGGAUAAACUGACGCUCUUGGUGGAUUGCACAGGAUGCGGCACGCACGUUCACGUGUCGACUUUUGGCGGACACUCACCGCACGUGAUCGAGUCCUCGUUAAAUCCAAAAGGUGCUCAAGAUCCGGAUAGGCCUUUCCUCGUUGUACGUACGGAUCCCGCAGCUGUGAAACGCGUAAGAAGACGAGCGAUCGAAUGUAGCGGCGCGAUAAAAGGUCAAUGCUGCAAACAGAGAUUCUACGUGAGCUUUUCUCAGCUCGGAUGGGAUGAUUGGAUAAUCGCUCCUCAAGGAUAUUACGCGAAUUACUGCAGAGGCGACUGUGCGGCGGGUCACAGAACGCCGGACACGUUCCUAAAUUAUUACACGCACGUGAUCGAAGAGUACAGAAAGAUGGAUCGGCUCGCCGGUAUGCAGCCAUGUUGCGCACCCCUCAAGUUUUCGCCGAUGUCGUUGAUAUACUAUGGACCAGACUCAAACAUCAUCAAGAGGGAUCUCCCAAAGAUGGUGGUCGACGAGUGUGGCUGCCCUUAAUUCGAACCUCCAAUGACAGAAGGAAGGAAGGAAAGAAAAAAAUAAUGAAAAAAAAAGAAAAAAAUCGACGCCUCCCCUGCGAAAGAUCCUCCUCCUGCUCUUUAUCGCGAUUUAUUCGGGAGUCUUCGACCACGAGGGAUUUUGUUUGGAACUUCCUGCAUUCUUCGUUUUCAACCAAACACUUCCUUUCGAGAAGAAUCGAAAGGAAUCGAAACGAGCGGCCACGAUCGAAAUUUCGCCGAAGUCAAUGAAAUUGUUCUCGAAAACGCGAUCGUGUUCGCUAUUACCGUGCAUAAUAAAUAGUCGAGAAGAAAAGGAGACGAGAAAAAGUUAGAAGAGAGAAAGUUAGAAGGAGAAGUUAGAAGAGGACGGUACGAAACGUAAUGGAACGGACAGGAACAGAAUAAAAUUAAACAAAAAGAAAAAAAUAAAUAAAAGAAUGAAUACCUCCUCGGUCGGUCUCUCGGGUGUGUCCACCAUUUUUGAGGUAUAAUAUAUUAUAAAUAAUAUACAUACAUAUAUACAGGCGAUACCUAUACAUAGGCGAAUACAUUUGACAGAUGA